UCCGUAUAGUUCAAUUUAAACCGCGAAAGAGCAUUGAGUGAGUUAAUAAUCGUGUGAGUGAAGAAAAAUGCCGAAAAAAUCCCCAGCAAUCGGUAUCGACUUGGGCACCACGUACUCCUGCGUGGGCGUCUGGCAGCACGGAAAAGUGGAAAUAAUCGCCAACGAUCAGGGAAAUCGCACGACGCCCAGCUACGUCGCUUUCACCGAUACGGAGCGAUUAAUCGGAGAUGCCGCGAAGAACCAAGUGGCCCUAAACCCCUCGAACACCGUGUUCGAUGUGAAACGUUUGAUCGGUCGUAAGUUCGACGACCCGAAGAUCCAGCAGGACAUCAAGCAUUGGCCCUUCAAGGUGGUGAGCGACCAUGGUAAGCCCAAGGUGCAAGUGGAGUACAAGGGGGAGACGAAGACCUUCGCCCCCGAGGAGAUCAGCUCCAUGGUGCUAACGAAGAUGAGGGAAAUCGCUGAGGCGUACUUGGGCACCACGGUGAAAGACGCGGUGGUCACUGUGCCGGCUUACUUCAAUGACUCCCAGAGGCAAGCCACCAAAGAUGCCGGGGUCAUAGCUGGCCUGAACGUCAUGAGGAUCAUUAACGAACCCACUGCCGCCGCCCUGGCUUACGGUUUAGAUAAGAACCUCAAAGGGGAGAAGAACGUGUUGAUUUUCGACUUGGGAGGUGGCACUUUCGACGUGUCCAUCCUCACCAUUGACGAGGGCUCGUUGUUCGAAGUGAAAGCCACCGCCGGAGACACCCAUUUGGGUGGUGAGGACUUCGAUAACCGCCUGGUGAAUCACUUCUGCGAGGAGUUCAAGAGGAAGUUCAAAAAAGACUUGGCCAGCAACCCGAGGGCCAUCAGGAGGCUUAGGACUGCCGCCGAGCGUGCCAAGAGGACUUUGUCCUCCAGCACCGAAGCCACUAUAGAGAUCGACGCCCUCUUUGAAGGCAUCGACUUCUACACGAAAAUCACCAGAGCGAGGUUCGAGGAGUUAAACGCGGACUUAUUCAGGAGCACCCUGCAGCCGGUAGAGAAGGCCUUGCAAGACGCGAAGAUGAGCAAAGGGGACAUCCACGAUCUGGUGUUGGUAGGGGGCUCCACGAGGAUCCCCAAGAUCCAGCAGCUGCUGCAGAACUUCUUUGCCGGCAAGCAGCUGAAUUUGAGCAUUAACCCCGACGAAGCUGUCGCUUAUGGGGCUGCCGUGCAAGCAGCCGUCUUGAGUGGGGACACGGACAGUAAGAUCCAGGAUGUGCUUCUGGUGGACGUGGCCCCAUUAUCCCUGGGGAUCGAGACGGCUGGGGGAGUCAUGACCAAGAUCAUUGAGAGAAACUCCAGGAUCCCUUGCAAGCAAACGCAAACGUUCACGACGUACGCUGACAACCAGCCGGCGGUUACCAUUCAAGUUUACGAAGGCGAAAGGGCCAUGACCAAGGACAACAACCUCCUGGGGACCUUUGACCUCACGGGCAUCCCUCCCGCCCCACGUGGGGUGCCCAAGAUCGAGGUCACCUUCGACAUGGACGCCAACGGCAUCCUCAACGUCACCGCCAAGGACUCGAGUUCCGGUAAAGAGAAGAACAUCGUCAUCAAGAACGACAAGGGCAGGCUCUCCCAAGCGGACAUCGACCGGAUGUUGUCGGAUGCGGAGAAGUACAAAGACGAGGACGAGAAACAGAGGCAGAAGGUGACCGCGAGGAAUCAGCUGGAGGCCUACAUCUUCCAAGUGAAGCAGGCCGCCCAGGAAGCAGGAGAUAAGCUCAGCUCCGAGGAUAAGAGUGCGGUGGAGAGGGAGUGUGCCGAGUGCCUGAAAUGGCUGGACAGCAACACUCUGGCUGAAAAGGAGGAGUUCGAGGAGAAGCAGAAGGAGUUGCAGAGGACCUGCAGUCCCAUCAUGAGUAAACUGCAUGGUGGGGCGCCUGGUGGGGGAUACCAGCAAGCUCCUGGUGGAGGACCAACUGUUGAGGAAGUUGACUAAAUAUUUAUUUAUUCAUGUUUUACUACUGUAACCGCUACCUCAAGUUUUUAGGAGGUUCUGAUGCUUUUAAUACUACUUACUCUUUGUUAGUUCAAGCUUUUGUUGUGUUAUCAAUGCUUCGAUUUUCAGAAGAAUAAAUGUUAAAUUUAAACCUUU